AUGGUGUUGCGAGAGCAGGAACAUGAGCCAUUCUACAUCAAAAUCGAUGGGAAAUGGUGUCAAAUCGACGAUGCUGUUUUGAAGGCGCAUCCUGGAGGCAGUGCAAUCACCACUUACAAAAAUAUGGAUGCGACUACCGUAUUCCACACAUUCCAUACUGGAUCAAAAGAAGCUUACAGAUGGCUAACAGAAUUGAAACAGAAAUGUCCAACCCAAGAACCAGUGAUUCCAGAUAUCAAGGAAGAUCCAAUCAAGGGAAUCGAUGAUGUCAACAUGGGUACAUUCAACAUUUCUGAAGAACGAUCAGCCCAAAUAAACAAAAAUUUCGACAGUCUUCGAAUGAAGGUCCGUGCCGAAGGACUUAUGAAUGGAUCCCCUCUGUUUUAUAUCCGAAAAAUUCUUGAAACCAUCGUGACAAUUCUUUUUGCUUUCUACCUUCAAUAUCACACAUACUACCUUCCUUCUGCUAUUCUCAUGGGAGUUGCUUGGCAGCAAUUGGGAUGGCUCAUUCACGAGUUUGCACAUCAUCAAUUGUUCAAAAACCGAUAUUACAAUGAUUUAGCCAGUUAUUUUGUCGGGAACUUUUUACAGGGAUUUUCAUCUGGAGGUUGGAAAGAGCAGCAUAACGUACAUCAUGCAGCAACAAAUGUUGUCGGACGUGAUGGAGAUCUUGACUUAGUUCCAUUCUACGCUACCGUUGCUGAGCAUCUCAACAACUACUCACAAGACUCGUGGAUCAUGAUUCUCUUCCGGUGGCAACAUGUACAUUGGGCUUUCAUGCUACCAUUCCUUCGUCUCUCAUGGCUUCUACAAUCCAUCAUUUUUGUUAGCCAAAUGCCAAACCACUACUACGACUACUACAGAAAUACUGCUCACUAUGAACAGAUCGGACUCUCUCUUCACUGGGCUUGGUCAUUGGGUCAACUUUAUUUCCUUCCUGACUGGUCGACAAGAAUAAUGUUCUUCUUCGUUUCUCAUCUCGUUGGAGGUUUCUUGCUUGCUCAUGUCGUUACUUUCAAUCAUUACUCCGUUGAAAAGUUUGCAUUGAGCUCAAACAUCAUGUCAAACUACGCUUGUCUUCAAAUCAUGACCACUAGAAAUAUGCGUCCGGGACGAUUCAUCGAUUGGCUGUGGGGUGGACUCAACUACCAGAUUGAGCACCAUUUGUUCCCAACCAUGCCACGUCAUAACUUGAAUGCAGUAAUGCCACUCGUCAAGGAAUUUGCUGCUACGAACGGACUUCCAUACAUGGUUGACGAUUACUUCACCGGCUUCUGGCUUGAAAUUCAACAAUUCCGAAAUAUUGCUGAUGUGGCAGCUAAGCUGACCAAGAAGAUUGCUUAA